GGGCUGGGGGACCAUUCUCAGAAACUUGGGGGAUCGCGCCGCGCGGUGCCCAAGCGGCGCGCCCACCCCCAGCUCCGCAGCUGGCGGGGUCCCCGGGGCGGAGUCCCGAGCGGGCGGGGCGCACCGGGCCGGGGCCGAGGCGCGAGUGGGGGCGCGGCGGGGGCGGAGCGCCAAGUCCCGCGCGUCGGGGCGGGGAAGAAAAACGGACACGGGGUACGCGGCGACUCCGCCAGAGCCAGUCCGGGUCCCGCAGACCAGAUCCCGCGGCCGGGCGGGAGCUCCUCGCUCGGGUCUCCGGGAGCACCGCACGCCCCGGGGAGACUCGCCGCAGCCAGGAUCUGGCAUGGUGUGUGGACUCUCCCCAGGGAUUCCGGCAGGGUGGUAGGCAUGCUAAGCUCAUGAGAGCAGAAGGUCUGGCCCCCAAGGGCCCACACACCACACACCCUGCGGCCUUCAUCAUGGCAGCCCACAGUGGAAACACGACUUUUGCACCCAACUUCAGUCCACCUCAGGACUCCGUCUCCUCCCUCCCGUUCAACUUCAAUUACAGUGAUUAUGACCUCCCUCUGGACGAGGAGGAGGACAUGACCAAGACACGAACCUUCUUUGCAGCCAAGAUUGUCAUCGGCGUGGCCCUGGCAGGCAUCAUGCUGGUGUGCGGUGUUGGCAACUUCGUCUUCAUUGCUGCCCUGGCCCGUUAUAAGAAGCUGCGCAACCUCACCAACCUGCUCAUUGCUAACCUGGCCAUCUCUGACUUCCUGGUGGCCAUUGUCUGCUGCCCCUUUGAGAUGGACUACUACGUGGUGCGCCAGCUCUCCUGGGAGCACGGCCACGUGCUCUGUGCCUCCGUCAACUACUUACGGACUGUCUCUCUCUACGUUUCCACCAAUGCCCUGCUGGCCAUCGCCAUCGACAGGUACCUGGCGAUUGUGCACCCCUUAAGGCCCCGGAUGAACUACCAAACCGCGUCCUUCCUGAUCGCCCUGGUCUGGGUGGUGUCCAUCCUCGUCGCGAUCCCGUCGGCCUACUUCACCACGGAAACGGUCCUGUUCAUCGUCAAAAGCCAGCAGAAGAUCUUCUGCGGCCAGAUCUGGCCGGUGGACCAGAAGCUCUACUACAAGUCCUACUUCCUCUUCAUCUUCGGCGUGGAGUUCGUGGGCCCGGUGCUGGCCAUGACGCUGUGCUACGCCAGGAUCUCCCGCGAGCUCUGGUUCAAGGCCGUGCCGGGCUUCCAGACCGAGCAGAUCCGCAAGCGGCUGCGCUGCCGGCGGAGGACGGUGCUGGUGCUCAUGGGCAUCCUCACCGCCUACGUGCUGUGCUGGGCGCCCUUCUACGGCUUCACCAUCGUGCGCGACUUCUUCCCCUCCCUGAUCGUCAAGGAGAAGCACUACCUCACCGCCUUCUACGUGGUCGAGUGCAUCGCCAUGAGCAACAGCGUGAUCAACACCGUGUGCUUCGUCACGGUCAAGAACAACACCGUGAAGUACUUCAAGAAGAUGCUGCUGCUGCACUGGCGCCCCUCCCACCGCGGGAGCAAGUCCAGCGCCGAGCUCGACCUCAAGACCAGCGGCGUGCCCGCCACCGAGGAGGUGGACUGCAUCCGGCUCAAGUGACCUGCUGAGGUUUUUAUCUUUGAAACCAACCCCGCCCCCCACCCCCCACAAACCAGCCCUCAACAGCAAAAUCCAUCAGUGACCGGGUUCCUAGGUUGGGGGAAAGGCGACUGUGUUUGUGCCUCCGGGACGUCGAGGAGUUCAAUGCUUCUCAGUCAGUUUGCAGUGAGAAGAGAGAGACAUCAACCACAGCAGCUAACCUGAUUCCAAUUCAGCAUCUACACAACCACACCGGUGGGGUUAGACACAAGUCACAGCAACUGGCGCGAACUGGACACCUGCUGUGUGUAAACCACACAAUGAGAUUAAGACAAGGAUCGUUUACUGGUGAUCUUGUUAGGUAAAAAAAUUUCAAUAACAUCCAAAAUGAAGCCGCCAGUGAAGUCAUCAACUACAUCCAGUUGAAGCUACAUUCAGUCUAGCAGCCACAAAUGGUUGUCUGAACUUACUCUCCAACUUCCCUCAUUCAAUGGAUGUUGAAUGUGCAAGAAUGCCAAAAGGAUAUAGAGCAACGCACAUAGAUAUCAUGGCAACGUAAGAAUAAAUUUCUCAGAGUGUGAUGUUAUAGCCUCGUGAAAGCAAGAGAGUUCUUACCACUGCACUGAGUUUCCCACAUCUAACUCCUACUGCGUAAUCCUACUCGGGCAUUCUCUAGGCUUCACAGGGGAAGAAGUUUUCUCAAAACUAGGUUAUUAGUUAUCUAUACUAUACUGUUGUAAUUUAAAAAAAAAAAAAGAACCGAAACAACCUCCUUUCCAUUGAUGCUUGAGAGAGCUCAUCAUUCUUUCAGGUAACGACAUGCAAUUCUGUACUAGAAACACAAAAAGUUCCCAACACUCUAAAAGGAAGGGGACAGAGAAAAGCAGGGUAGAGACGAACGUUCCGUAAUCUGUGUGUGUGUCUCUGUUGCUAAGGCCUGAACUCCUUUCCUCGAGCAAACCCUCUUUCACAAAAUCAGCUCUACUUGGAAUCCAAAGAAAUGAAUUCAAGUUCUAACUCUGAAGACUCAUGGGACCUGGGUGUAUAUUCUCUCUGCUUAUCAGUUUUCCUUCAGUGACUUGGAAUGGUGAAAAUAUCUUCUCUACCUAAUUAUGGACCUCUGGGGGGAGAGCUCACUGAUGCCGGUUUUAGCAAGUGAUAUGAACAGUUGGAGCAAAGGAAACCUUAACCACUGUGGCUAAUGGUAGAGGAAGUAUUAAAAAGAAACAUCUUUUUGUUUCCAUCUUUGAGCCAGAGAUCCCUGAUCUCACAAAGUGCAACCCACCAAGCCCUAGGCAAAAAGGAAUCCCUGAGCCGGGUCAUUAUGAAGAAGAUUUAACCUCAAGGUCUCAGAGACAUAAAUUCCCCACACCCACAGACUCUCAGUAUCCCUGUGGUCUUAGAAUUUUUGAAAGUUUUUCCCAUAUGUCACCAAGCAGAUGUAUGCAGCCCCUAAAUCUGAUGGUAUUAUAGAAUACCUGAUGAUUGCAUGUCCUUGUCCUCAUUUCUUCCUGAUUAGUUUUAAAUACUGUAUAUUGGAAUUUGGUUUGCAAGUGACCCAUUUUGCCAUCUUCUACUUUUCUAUUUGGAAGGAAUUCGUGGUUCACUUAUGUCUAUAUGUUGUUUAUUUUUUUGUUUGGUUUGUGUAUCCAACAGUGACAUUCAGUCAACAUUUUCUUCUAUUACUAUGUAACAGACUUAUGUUCAACUUAAAUAUUGUACCCUUAGAAGAUACAAACCCGGGUCUGUGUAACAGUACACUGGGUAAGGCAUUUGCCUUGCAUGGGCCAAUCCAUUUCGAUUCCCAGAAUCCCAUGUGAUCCCCCGAGCACUGCUGGGAGCAAUUCCUGAGUGCAGAGCCAGGAGUAACCCCUAAGCAUCGCUGUUGUGACCCAAAAAGACAAGAAGAAAAAACAAAGGAAGAUACAAACUCAUUUUAAUAUUAGCCUAAACUAAAUGGCUUAUAAAUUCUGAUUUUACUGACUUGCACAGUGCAUUCUGAAAUCAAGCAAGUAGUUGGAGUUGUCUGAAUUUUUACAAACAAUAUAGUAACUAUAUGUCUAUUACCCUAAUCUUCUAGUAAAGUAAUUCUUUUUGUUUUUUAAAGGAACUUCUUUCAGAGUAGAUUAUGUCAGUCAAAAGAACUCAAUCUCCUUUUCUCUUUUAAUCCUAAAAUGUAUCAUCCCUCACUGAAAAUAACUUUUGUAAAUAUCAGUGUGUAUUUGUGGUUUUCCAGUGAAUGGAGCAUUAUGUCGCUAUAAAAAUGGCUAGUAUAAGGGAUCAUAAAGACAUUGUUUAAGCAUCUCCCACUCCCACUCGUCUGUUCCCUAUGUUAGUGUAUAUAGAUGAUGUAACGGCCAUCUAUACAGUUCAAACUUGAAAUAGAAGUAACUGCCUGAAGACAUUCUUAGACCAGUGGCAGCUCAUACCAGCAACGAAGCUACUUUAUAUCCCUCAGACUUGUAACCCAGGAGUGUAUUCAAGCAUGCGAAUAAACAGAAUCACUGGCUCCCUCCCACUGCCCCUUCUAUUUAAAAGGCAUCUUGUUUGUUUAAUAAAAACUGCUUUUUGCAUGGAAAUUGUUCAUUCAUCUAACUGGUGUGAAGUAAUAAAUAUAUUGCAAUUGUG